CUGCUUCUCCCUUACCUGGCUGGGCGCAAGAGGUUAGCACAGCACGCCGCCCCGUACCUUGGGAUGGCUCGGUGCUGGCCCCCCCGUGCCGCUACGCGGUUGCUAGAGUAAGGACUGCGUAGCUGCCAUGGCAGAGGCGGCGAGAGCUGCAGGCAUUUCACAGACCCUGGGGGUGGAAGAUAUUGAGCCGUUCGGGACGCCGCCGAGCAUCUGGCUUCCGCGGAUCAAUAGAAGCAAUUUUGAGCCUCCACAUGGCUACCAAUACUCCGUAUUGGCAGCCGAAUCUGUCAAUCUGUCAGGCAUGUCUUCGCUCUGCUGUUGGUUCCGCCCUCGACUCUCUGUUCCAUCGUCCUAUCAGCGUGGUCCCAAGGUCAGGUUCUGCAUGCGCCCCAAGACACACCUGCCGCAGUGCACUCGAAUCCUCAAUCCCGCGAAUUUUUAAAAAUGGCAAAGGCAACGGUCCAACGGUCGCUCCAGCCUUCGUUACUUCCUAGCCCCGGGUAUCAACAAAGUAACACAUAUAAGCCCUGUCGACAUCUUAGCACCGAUCUUCUUUCUUCCCUGUAGGUAUGCCUGUCCACCAUAGCUACCGCU